AUGGAUGAUACCACCAAAGAAGAUGGCUCUGGCUCUAGCCGAAAACCUGUGCGUAAGGAAAAAAGAUCAUAUAUCUUUAGGAAAUGGACAUGGAUCGAUGUAAUGAAAGCCUCCUCUGUUGGGACAGUGCAUUUGUUGUGUAUCUUGGCUCCUUUUAACUUCAAAUGGGAAGCUCUCCUAUUCGGUGUUAUUCUCGCUAUGAUGUCUGCCCUCAGCAUUACGUUCUCGUACCAUAGAAACUUGGCUCAUCGGAGCUUUAAGCUACCUAAAUGGCUUGAAUAUUCAUUUGCUUAUUCUGCCCUUUUCGCGCUUCAGGGUCAUCCAAUAGAUUGGGCACCGGACAAGUCCGGACCGGCACUGCAUAGGUUCCAUCACCAGUUCACAGAUUCGGACCGUGACCCACAUAGCCCCAUUGAAGGUUUCUGGUUCAGCCAUGUCUUCUGGAUAUUUGACAGCAGUUAUAUCAGAGAAAAGGGUGUUGGAGGAACAAUCACUUAUCAUGGGACUGGGAUCGUAAACUCGGCUUGCCAUAUUUGGGGCUCACGAGCCUGGAACACCAAGGACACAUCUCGUAACAUUUGGUGGCUGGGACCAUUCACAAUGGGAGAAAGCUGGCACAACAACCACCAUGCCUUUGAAACCUCGGCUAGGUAUGGACUGGAAUGGUAUCAGGUAGACUUAAGUUGGUACCUCAUUUCGUUCUUCCAGGCUCUCGGUUUAGCCACUGACGUCAAAUUGCCAUCAGAAGCUCAGAAACGGAAGCUGGCUUUCGCUCGUUAA